AUGGGGAGCCCAAGGGGAUCAAAGCAAUGGCCCCAGCUGCCAGUUUUAGUAGUGGUUUUUUGUGUAGUUACCAUUAGUGUUGCUGCUGGUCAUGAGCCUUACUACCCUUAUUAUCACAACCCUCCACCACCACCAUAUGUCUAUGUACCUCCGCUGCUGCCGCCGCCGUCUCCUUAUGUCUACAAGUCUCCACCGCCCCCACCUCCUUAUAUCUACAAAUCCCCACCACCACCUUCUCCCUCACCUCCUCUUCCAUUUUACAAGCCACCUCCACCUCCGCCACCAUAUGUUUAUCAAUCACCACCACCUCCUUAUGUUUAUAGGUUUCCACCACCACCGUCACCACUAUCAUUUCCUUCACCUCCUCCACCUUAUUUCUACAAAUCACCACCACCUCCUUUCCUAUCACUGCCGCCUCCAUAUGUAUACAAGUCUCCUCCUCCACCAUCACCUUGUCCUUAUCCACCUCUUCCUCCUCAUCCAUUGCCAUCACUGCCACCUCCGUAUAUCUACAAGUCUCCACCUCCGCUACCAUAUGUUUACAAAUCACCGCCACCUCCGUUUGUCUACAAGUCUCCACCUCCACCACCAACACCAUAUACAUAUACCUACAGCUCUCCUCCCCCACCAUAUGCUUAUAAUUGA